AUGUCAUUGCCCCCUUCAGCUUUGAACCAGAAGAGCACCCGUGUUUACUCGGUGGCAAGAGUGUAUCAAGACGCUUGUGCCAAAAGACCUCAAGAGUACUGGGACUACGAACAAGGAGUAACGGUGGACUGGGGCAAAAUCGAACAUUACGAAAUUGUCAACAAAAUCGGCCGUGGCAAAUAUUCGGAGGUUUUUCGCGGUAAAAGCGUGGUCAACGAUCAGUACUGUGUAAUCAAGGUUUUGAAACCGGUCAAACUCAAGAAAAUCUAUAGAGAACUGAAAAUUUUGACCAAUUUAACGGGCGGACCCAAUGUAAUCGGCCUGCUGGAUAUCGUGCAGGAUCCGGGUUCCAAAAUCCCAGCGCUGAUUUUUGAAGAAGUGAAAAAUGUGGAUUUCCGCACCUUGUACCCAAAAUUCACGCUGCCAGAUGUGCAAUACUACUUUACGCAGUUGUUAGUGGCUCUGGACUAUUGUCAUUCUAUGGGUAUCAUGCAUCGUGACGUGAAGCCCCAGAACGUGAUGAUAGACCCGGUAGAACGGAAAUUAAGGCUGAUCGACUGGGGGCUAGCAGAGUUUUAUCAUCCAGGGGUCGACUACAAUGUCAGAGUGGCCUCUCGUUACCACAAGGGCCCCGAGCUGCUUGUAAAUUUGAACCAGUAUGACUACUCUUUAGAUUUGUGGUCCGUCGGUUGCAUGCUUGCCGCCAUCGUUCUCAAGAAGGAGCCCUUUUUCAAAGGUAGCACAAAUCCCGAUCAAUUGGUUAAAAUAGCCCGUGUGCUUGGGACAAAGGAGCUACUGGCAUACCUACGCAAAUAUGGGCUCAAACUGCCCCAUGAAUACGAUGAUAUCAUGAAAGAUUUUCCGCGUAAAGAAUGGUCGGAAUCUAUACCUCAUGACAGCAAUCUAAUCAGACCUGAAGUGAUGGACUUGAUAGACAAGCUUUUGAGAUACGAUCACCAGGAAAGACUAACAGCGCAAGAAACUCUGAACCAUAGUUUCUUCAAGACAAACUACAAAGAGUAA